ACUCCGUGUGAUUUGUCCAUCUGUGGGUCAGCCAUGAGAAUGUCGCUGCUUGCACACUGCCUGCAGCAAACAAACCUGGACAAAUCUGAUUGGCUGAAAUGAGCGAACCUUGAAUAUAAAACAUCAGACCGUUCCAGACACCAUCAUCGUCACAAUGGCUUUUCUCUGGCUCGUGUCCUGCCUGGCUUUGGUCAGCGCUGCCUACGGCUGCGGCAUCCCUGCCAUCCCCCCCGAAGUGACGGGCUAUGCUCGCAUUGUGAACGGUGAGGAGGCGGUGCCUCACUCGUGGCCCUGGCAGGUGUCACUGCAGCAAUCCAACGGCUUCCACUUCUGUGGCGGCUCCCUGAUCAAUGAGAACUGGGUGGUGACGGCCGCUCAUUGCAAUGUCAAGACGUACCACCGUGUGGUCGCCGGUGAGCACAAUAAAGCCUAUGGCUCAAUUGAGGCCAUUCAGGUGCUGAAACCUGCCAAGGUGUUCACCCACCCCAAUUGGAACCCCUACACCAUCAACAAUGAUAUCACCCUGAUCAAGCUGACCUCGCCUGCCAAUCUCGGUCCCCAUGUGUCUCCUGUGUGUCUUGCCGAGUCCAUUGACAACUUCCCUGCUGGUAUGAAGUGUGUGACCUCCGGCUGGGGUCUAACCCAGUACAAUGCUCCCAGUACUCCCAACAAGCUCCAGCAGGCGGCGUUGCCUCUGCUGUCCAAUGAGCAGUGUAAGAAACACUGGGGUAGCAACAUCUCCAACGUGAUGAUCUGUGCCGGAGGAGCCGGAGCCACUUCAUGCAUGGGGGAUUCUGGUGGUCCUCUGGUCUGUCAGAAGGGUGGCGCCUGGACUCUAGUUGGAAUUGUGUCCUGGGGAAGCAGCCGUUGUUCCACCUCCACUCCUGCUGUCUACGCCCGUGUCACCAUGCUUCGCGACUGGGUUGACCAGAUCCUCGCUGCCAACUAAAAUGGGCCGGGCAGGCCCAACAUGUCCAGAUUAUUGCCAUGGAAAGAGUGAAAAUAAAAAAUGUGAACAUCA